AUGGCGAAAGGAGACGAUGCUGUGGCGAGGAAGAAGAACAAAUCUAGAAGGAAGAAGAUGAACAGUGACACUUCUUCUUCAGCUGUAUCAGUUCGUGUUGCGUCCAUUAUUGCAGCCAAAAAACGUCGGCUCUCCGGGAAGCGACGCCAGUGUCAGGGAAUGUGUUUUAGUCUUCCAACUCCAGAUGACCCCUUCAAUGACAGGAGUGGCAAAACUGAUUUCUCGAAGAAGGAUUCUAAAAAGACCCAAGUGAAAGAGAGGAAGGCUAUAAAACAGAAGAGUGUUCUAUCAAAUGGAGAAUCUAGGGGGAAGAAUGAGGAGAAAUUGGGGUUUCCGGAAAAGAGAGCUUUGAAUACUGAUGAAAGCACAACCAUUCAUUUGGAGAAACAUGCUAGCAAAAGCAAUCAUCAAAGGCAGGCCGGUGGGAACUCAGGUUGCCCAUCCAAGUUCCUUCUAUUGUGCUUAAAUGCCAUAGAAAGUGCAUUGCGCCUAGAGGGUCUAUAUGGCAAGGAGGAGGACAAGCCUUUGUUUGUUGAUCCAUGGGGAGUUGAGUUUCUGAAAUGUUAUGCUGGUGGGAAAGACAUAAUGGAGACAAGUGGCUCUUCUUGUACUAUUGAGCAAAUGGCCUGGAUGGUUUCGAUUGCUGCCGAUUCCAUCACUAGAAAGGAAAAGGAAGGACUGUCAUUCACAGGCCCAUUUCUUCUUUUCCUUGUGUCAUCCCAGGAAAAGGCCAUACAGGUACGAUCUGUCUGCAAGCCUCUGAAACCACUUGGCAUUCAUACAGUCAGCUUACAUCCUGGUGCAUCCCUUGAACACCAGAUGAAUGGUUUGAAGAGUUGUGAACCUGAGUUUCUUGUAUCUACGCCUGAGAGACUCCUGGAGCUUGUUUCCUUGAAGGCUAUCAACAUAUCUGACGUCUCCUUUCUGGUUGUUGAUGGACUAGAACCACUUUCCAAAGAUGGAAGCCUCGAUGCUCUAAAUUCUAUCAGGCAAUCAAUUUCUGGAAGCUCUCGUGUUGUGGUGUUUGGCAAUCAUAAUUCCUCCCCAGCCAUUGAAAAGCUUCUCCCUGGACCAGUUUCUAGACUGUCUCUUGAUCAAUCUGUCCGCCAUCAGAGUGCACACGUUGGGCAGAAGAUAAAUGUUUGCCCUUCUGCACCAGAAAAACUUCUGAAGAUGCUUGACUCAAGAAGAAACGCUAUGUUCUGCGCACCUUCCUGA